GUGCAGAUUGUGUAAGCAGUCAGUGUAUCUCACUUCGGGAAUGUCCUCCUUUGUUGAGACUUUUACAAGAUCCUACACGAAGCAAUAUCAAGAAGCUACAAGAGGCUACCUGCUUUGUCCGGAAUAGGGUACCUAUGGUAUGCUGUCCAUCUACAACUACAACUGAGACACCUACACUUCCCACAAAGUCUCUGCUCCCAGAAAAUUGUGGUCACAGUGCUCACUUGAACAGAAUUAUAGGUGGAGAAGUAGCUCCACUUGAUGCAUACCCAUGGAAGGCUGUUCUAGGAUACAGAGAUAUUGGAUUACCUGGCAUUGAAUUUCUCUGUGGAGGGUCAGUCAUUAAUGAGAGAUAUGUUCUCACUGCUGCCCAUUGUGUGGAUCCUGGUACACUUGGCACACGGAGAUUGGAAGUAGUUCGACUGGGUGAAUGGGACCUCACCACUACUGAAGACUGUGAGAGCACAAAUGGCGGUGGGUUAUUCUGUGCUCCUCCAGUUCAAGAUUUCGAGGCCGAGGAAAUUAUUGCUCAUCCUUCGUACAACACUCGUGUGCGUUUCUCCGAUGACAUUGCACUUGUUAGACUUAACAGACCCAUUAACUUCCAGGAAUCAGCAGGAUUUGUGUUGCCUGUGUGCCUGCCUCCUGCUGACUUCUCUCCUCGCACAGCAGCUGGUAACAAAUCAGCAAUUGCAGCUGGAUGGGGCUUCACUGAGACUGGAUCCACAAGUGACAGAAUUAAGCAUGUAAAGCUGCCAUUGCUUGAUAAUACCCAGUGUAGUCAGAUCUACAGUGGCAAUAUAGUCAGUGAACAGAUUUGUGCCGGUGGGAACGCUGGUGAAGACUCAUGCGGUGGAGACUCAGGUGGCCCCUUGGUACUUGCCGGCACUUUUGGUCCUCCCUACCAGCAGAUUGGCAUUGUCUCCUACGGUCCUGUCAACUGCGGCCAACAAGGAGUACCUGGUAUCUACACAUCUGUAAGCAGCUACAGGACAUGGAUUGAACAGAACUUAAAGCCAUAAAUGAGUUUCUUUUCUUAGAAUAUAGUGAUUUUGGUUUAACAGUAUUGAGAGGCUGGUCAUGAAGGUAAUCGGACAAGAAAUAGUGAUGAUUUUAUGUUUUUCUUUAAAAAGAACUAAUACACUUCUGAGAAUGAAUGUCUAUUUUUAUUUGGAAAGUAAUUUUUUGUUUACAUUUUCUUAAUACUGUAUUAGGUAUACACUCAGGAAAUAACAGUGGUCAAAAGAGAUAAUUGGCAGCUUCAUCAGUCAUAAAUUAAUUUUUGAAAAUUCAGUCUCAAAACAUUUUAAAAAAUGAACUUGAUUAUUAGGUUGAUGAUACUUCUGCUUAACAGUUGAUUUAAUGCAUUUACCUCUUUGAUGCAUUCCUUGAAAUGGAAUCAAUAUAAAGAGUAGGUGAGUUUUGUACCAGUAUUACAUAUUCACCAAUUUACUGUUUUCAUAGAGUUUAUUCCAUGCUUUUUGAAACUUGAAUAUUAGAAUUAAUAGUACAUGUGAUAACUGGUAGAGCCUCAUACAUCCAUGAUUAGGUUUAUAAUUCUUCCAAAAGAUUAUAUUCAAUUGUAGUGCACAUAUUCAUUAUGAAAAAAAUAUGUAUACAUGUCUGAUGAUUUAAGGAUAUUUUGUAAUGAAAGAGACUGAUUUUGACUAGCUUUUUUAUAAAAAUAUUUUAUGUCGAAUCAUGUGAGUAAAUGUGUAAUGGAGAUGGAUUUAUUAAAUUCAAGAUGUAGAGUAAUCCAUUAUUGAUAAGCAUGUAUUGAAUUAUGAAGUGUUAUUGUGAGCUUUCAUUGGCUGCAGUGUGAGAUUUAAGCAAGGAUUUAAUGUAUUUUCAUUAUACAGUAAGUAACUUGCUGUACCUUACAGAUAAUAAUAAUGUAUAAGAAUGUAGAUUAUUGAUGCUUUCAUUUUUUAAGAAAAUUCCAGGUUGUUCAAAUGAUACCAGAUGUUUCAUAUAUGAUUGUGGUGUCUUGUCUUUGUAUGUAUUUAUAUUUAAUAAAAUAGUUCCUUUUUU